AUGGACAACGAAAAACAGCAUAUUCGUCACAUUAUGUUAUACGAAUUUCGCAAAGGAAAAACUGUGGGCGCUGCAACGAAAGAUAUUCGCAAAGUUUAUUUGGACCAUGCGCCAGGACUCCAUCAACCUCGCAGUGGAUGGCCUUCUGAGCUUGAUGACGAUGUUCUACGCACUUUAGUUGUGAAUAACUCGCGUAUUUCAACGGAAGAGGUUGCCAGUGAAUUGAACAUCAACAAAUCAACUGCAUUUCGUCGUUUGAAAAAGAUUGGUGGACCGUAUGACAAUAGCAAUUUCUUUGCUUCAACGGAUCAAAAACGAACCUUUUUGGAUCGGCUCGUGACUGGCGAUGAAAAAUGGAUCCUGUACAACAAUGUUCAACGCAAAAGAACAUGGAAACAGGCACAUGAAGGUUCGGAACCGGUGGCGAAAGGUGGAUUGCAUCCGAUGAAGGUACUGCUGUGCAUUUGGUGGGAUAUCCGAGGCGUGAUCUAUUUUGAGCUCUUGCCAGCAGGCGAAACGAUCACUGCCGACAAGUAUUGUCAACAAUUGGUCGAAUUGAAGAAAGCAAUCGAGGAAAAACGUCCGAUUUUGUCCAAUCGCAAAGGAGUUCUUUUCCAUCAUGACAACGCCAGAUCACAUGUUGCAAAACCGACCCUGGCCAAACUGAAGGAGAUGAAUUGGGAAAUCAUGCCGCAUCCCCCAUAUUCACCGGACAUUGCACCUUCUGAUUAUCAUUUGUUUCGAUCGCUGCAGAACAAUUUGAAUGGAAAAAAAUUUAAAAAUGUGGAAGACGUCAAAAACCACCUUGACACCUUUUUCAACGAGAAACCGCGCAAUUUCUAUGAAUCUGGCAUCCGUAAAUUGGUUGAGCGUUGGGAGUGGAUUGCCGAACAUGAUGGCAAAUACAUAAUUGAUUAA